GCGCUGCCGGGAUGCCGAAGCUGAGCAAAGAGGCCAAGCAGCGGCUGCAGCAGCUCUUCAAGGGCGGCCAGUUCGCCAUCCGCUGGGGCUUCAUCCCCGUCGUGCUCUAUCUAGGUUUUAAGAGAGGUGCAGAUCCUGGAAUGCCUGAGCCAACUAUUUUGAGUCUACUUUGGGGAUGAAAGAUUGGCCAUACUGUACAGGAACCAUUUGAUGGACAGAGAAAAUGAAGAUGUGAACCUUCACAAGGCUAAGGAAGGAGUACAUUUUAUCACAUUACACUAGCUGGCCUGAACAGCUUCCUGAUGGCAUAGAUGUACAUACAACAAAAUGGAAUUUAUAUUGACCUAAUUUAUUUGGUUUACAGUGAAAUUAAAUAAAUACAGUUUGAAUCCAAAAAAAAAAAAAAAAA